CUGAGUUGAGCUGAGCUGUGCUGACUACUUCCACCUCCAUAGAAACGGAUCAAGUUGGACUUGAAUAUUCUCCUUAGAAAACACCAAAACAUACAUCUCCUUCAGAUAGAUGAGAAGAUACAGGGAGAUAUCAUCAGCUCCUAUUCUUCACAUUGGUUUGAUCACUGCGUCUUUCGACACUGCUCGCCCUGAGAGUGACGAGUCUAGCUGACAUAUUGGGAAAACUUUGUAUUCCUUUUUUUCCUGAACCCAUGAAAAUCACGUUUUCUUUGUGGACAAUGAUGCGACGAGCAAGCAUCUCCUCGGUGGUGUUUCUAUCUUGCACUGUCAUGCUGGUGCAGGGUGGAUGCCCGCGGCAGUGCUCGUGCCCCACCUCACCGCCCUCAUGCCCACCAGGUGUCAGCUGGGUGACAGACUCCUGCGGCUGCUGUAAGGUGUGUGCCAGGCAGUACAACCAGGACUGCAGCCCUAGCCAGCCCUGUGACCACAUCAAGGGCCUGCACUGCCACCUAGGGUCUGGAGGAGACCCGGAGACAGGACUGUGUCGAGCUGAGGCCAUGGGUCGUCCCUGUGAGCUGAACGACCGGGUCUACCAACACGGGGAGGACUUCCAGCCCAGCUGCCAGCACCAGUGCAGCUGUAUGGACGGCGUGGUGGGCUGCAUGCCCCUGUGCCCACACCAGGUACCACUACCAGGUUGGCACUGCUCCCGGCCCCGGCUGGCUAGGCUGCCAGGACGCUGCUGCGAGGAGUGGCUUUGUGACGAUGACAACCAUAUCAAGGAGGACUCCAGAGAGGUUGACCACGCUCCACCUCCUUCCCCACCCCAGCACCCUGAUCUUGCCAGCAAUGAGCUGCUCAUGGCUCCCACCCCCUGGGACUCAAGUGCUGGAGCGUCAUAUCAAGAGUGGAUCUCCUCCCCCCAGUCCCAUGCCUUACUUCCCUCAACCUGCUUCUUGCAAACCACUGAUUGGUCGCCUUGCUCAGCCACGUGUGGGAUGGGUGUGUCCAGCCGAGUAACCAGUAGCAACGCUGAGUGUCGGUUGGCCAGAGAGACACGACUGUGCCAGAUCCGGCAGUGUGAUCUUGCCCUCACCCCUUCUCCCAAGAAAGGGAAGAAGUGCCAACGCACAAUACGUCCUCGCAAACCUGUCCGGAUCAAGUUCACCGGCUGCUCCACAGCGCGCCAGUAUCGUCCUCGUUCCUGUGGCUUGUGUGCCGACGGCAGCUGCUGCACUCCUUCUCUGACGCGCACGGUGAACCUUCACUUCCGCUGUCCCGGAGGCAGGCAGGACUUUACCCGUAGCGUCAUGUGGAUCCAGCGUUGCCGCUGCAGCCAGAGCUGCCUAAGUCAAGGGCUUGCCUCCCCGGGCUCUCUCAGUCUGCCUAAUGACAUCCAUACCUUCUCCCACUGAGCCCCAUGUCUAAACACUAGCAUUUCUCGCCACAAGAACAUGCCCUUGACCUGACUCUGGCCCUCGACUCUAGGGUUCACCCUUGCCCUAAUCUCACUGUCUCCUUCCAAAAACGUUUCCUGUUCCCUAACCCCAGGGUUUAUUGCUGCCGUAGCCUCUUUAGCCCAGUCUGUGUUCCUUUACCCCAGGACUCCCCCUGACCCUGUCUUCAGUCUGUGUUCCUUUACCCCAGGACUCCCCCUGACCCUGUCUCCAGUCUGUGUUCCUUUACCCCAGGACUCCCCCUGACCCUGUCUUCAGUCUGUGUUCCUUUACCCCAGGACUCCCCCUGACCCUGUCUUCAGUCUGUGUUCCUUUACCCCAGGACUCCCCCUGACCCUGUCUCCAGUCUGUGUUCCUUUACCCCAGGACUCCCCCUGACCCUGUCUUCAGUCUGUGUUCCUUUACCCCAGGACUCCCCCUGACCCUGUCCCCAGUCUGUGUUCCUUUACCCCAGGACUCCCCCUGACCCUGUCUCCAGUCUGUGUUCCUUUACCCCAGGACUCCCCCUGACCCUGUCUUCAGUCUGUGUUCCUUUACCCCAGGACUCCCCCCCUGACCCUGUCUCCAGUCUGUGUUCCUUUACCCCAGGACUCCCCCUGACCCUGUCUCCAGUCUGUGUUCCUUUACCCCAGGACUCCCCCUGACCCUGUCCCCAGUCUGUGUUCCUUUACCCCAGGACUCUCCCUGACCCUGGGUCCAGUCUGUGUUCCUUUACCCCAGGACUCCCCCUGACCCUGGGUCCAGUCUGUGUUCCUUUACCCCAGGACUCCCCCUGACCCUGUCUUCAGUCUGUGUUCCUUUACCCCAGGACUCCCCCUGACCCUGUCUCCAGUCUGUGUUCCUUUACCCCAGGACUCCCCUUGACCCUGUCUCCAGUCUGUGUUCCUUUACCCCAGGACUCCCCCUGACCCUGUCUUCAGUCUGUGUUCCUUUACCCCAGGACUCCCCCUGACCCUGUCUCCAGUCUGUGUUCCUUUACCCCAGGACUCCCCCUGACCCUGUCUCCAGUCUGUGUUCCUUUACCCCAGGACUCCCCCUGGCCCUGUCCCCAGUCUGCCCUCACCACAUACAGAAGGCUCCAUCAGGUGGGGGAAGGACACUGAUGCGAUGUGGUGAACUGUUUUACUCUUACAGCUGCCUAAUUGUGUGCCCAACACUUUCUCUCUCUCAUUCUCUCAUUGGUGGUAACUCCCCCCAUAAUCCAACGGUUUUGGUUUGGUCUUCACUCACACCCGAAAAUCAGCACCUCCAUAUAACUUCAGUGAUGGACUGACUGACUGAAUUUAAAAGACAGUUGGGGGUGCUUCUGUGUUACUGUAGUUUGGAAUGGUGAAUUGUACUCUGUGGGACUGUACUUAUAACUACCCAAAGAGAAAGGUUAGACUGAAUAUCAGACAGGCAAUCUCACAGAGACAUUUGCGUAGCAUCCCUUCUGACAAACGCCUUUAUAGCCUUACUGCCCUUUUCACUUGUCUGUUUUGCUUGUGUUCAGUAAGUGACAGAUCUGGGGGCGAUUGUGUGCAUUCUACACAUGAUCUCUGUCAGUAGACCUCCUAUCAAAUCUGAUGGGCAAGAAUAUAAAUGCACAGGUGUUCAUGGUUUACACUCUGAAAUAUGAAUCAUCAUUGUUAUAGACACAGAGGUUUUAAAUGGACCUUUGAAAGUUAUUCAUGUUUAAUUAUUGUAGCGAUGACUUGUAAAUAUGUAUUUACUAUACUUUGUACAGUUAGGCAAUGUUGAUUUGUUUGUCAUUAGGUAUAUAUGUCUGUUUCGUAUCGUAUCUGUACAGAUUUCACUUAACGAUGGAGUGACAUGUUUUGGAUAUUACCUCCUUUUUUGAGGUGCACAGAAUAUAAACAAUAGUGGACCGAGAAUAUAAUAUGUUAAUUUAUAUCACUUUAUUUUGAUUAAUAUAUUCAAUAAAUGUCUUAUAAUGAAAUUGCCUCUUGUAAAAAAAAUUACA